AUGGACUAUUCGUGUAGCCAGGAAACUGGGAGACCUUCCUCCUCCCAAUCAACGAGACGACAUACUUGGAGUCGGGCUGAGGAGUCUUCCCUAGUGGAUAUUUUGAAAGACAUGGUGAACGAGAGUUGGAAGGCAGAUAAUGGGUUUAGGCAAGGCUACAAUUUUGAGAUUGACAGAAGAUUGAAGUUGAAAUUCCCAGAUUGUACCCUUCGUGCAGACCCCUACAUAAGCUCAAAAAUACAUGUGUGGAGAAAGAACUACAUGAGUGUGUCACUCAUCAAAGGUCCUAACCGCUCUAAUGGAAGCCCAUGCGUUGGGAUGGGUAACACCUCUGCUACAGUGUCUGAGUCUGGUUCAAGGGCAGGUAAGAGAAAGAAAGGGAGAAAAAGGAAAGAAGAGAGGCAGUGGGAGGAGCGUUUUCUAGAUAUAAUGCAAUCAUUUUCUCAGGGUACAAAGGACAGCUUGAAUGGCAUUGCAUCGAGGCUUGGGUUUGAGCAUGAUGUCAAGAAGAAAAGGAAUGAAGUGUUUGAUUCAUUGUCUACCAUGCAUUUCCUUUCAACUGAGGAUAAAAUGGUUAUUACCAUGCGUUUAUGCAAGAACCCACAUGAGCUCUCGAUGUUUUUCAACCUCACCACGGACAAUAAAGCUGUCAUGGUGAAAAUGAUGCAAGAAGGACGUUUGUAG